GGAGGAGGACUGCAGAGGCCUUUCUGUCCCAAUGGCUCUCUUGCUGUUCGUCCUGUUCGUCUGCGGAAUGCUGCCCAUUCAUGGCUUCGGCAAGACGUCGGCACACAGGCGGCAACUCGGAGUGGCUGUGCUGAUCAAGAAGCGACCGGUGCUCAUCACAGAUGUACACCAUGAUCCGGCAAAGAGGCGCCGCGGCCGGAAGUGCACUUUGGAAGCAGCCUCGAGCCUCGCUGUCGAUGUGCCUGUGAUCGGUGGAGUGCACUUCGAGGUGAGUGAGGAGCGAUGGAUGCACAGAUCCCCAGAUAUAUGCCCAGACAGAUGCACACACGAAGAAAGGACAAUAACAUGGAAGCAUUGCAAUGCAGAGAUGCCGAUCUCCUUGUGUGUCUGUGGCGUCCCUGUGUGGUCAGGAAUACCUGAGGUCUCCUGAUUCGAAGGUGGCGCUGCUCAACACUGACGACUAUGAGGAUGUGGGCGACCACAGCUACAGGUAGGUCAAUAACAACCGCCGCACACAUAGCAGCCCGCCCCACUUCUUCGUCCAUCCGUGUGCCAAUCAGGUGUCGUAUGAAGGGCAUCCACUUCUGGUCUCUCCACAUCACGCCGAUCCUCACCUUCCGCAUCGACAAGCACAUCCACCGGGGAGUCGCCAACAUCCAGGCCAUCGAGGCGGACAUCGAGGCACGCGCCAACACACGACACCAUGGCAACGGCAAGGACGGCACAUCAUCCGCCAGGAUCGCUCUGCCAGACCAAACCCGACAACGUAACGGCAACGACCACCACCAUUCCCACAGCCACAGCCACGACGCCCACCCAGGUCUGCAUGCCCUGACGUACCCAGUGGAGAUCGAGGCUGAGAAUACCGUCAGGUGGUGCCAAUCGCCCACACACACGUACACACGGACCACCACCUCCACCAGCAGCAGCAGCAGCAGCAAUAAGGGGGCCCGGCCGUCAUUCCGUCUGUCGAGCGACCUGCGUCUGAAGGUCAGCAUCCACAAGCCGAUCUGGGUGCUGCUUCCUGCCCACUUAAUCGAGGUGGGCGGCAGCGCCAUUCUGCGGCGCGCUUUGCGAAGCACUCUGCCUGAGUUUGUGGGCGGUUUGAGGACGGGCUAUGUGGAGUGGGCGCAUCGUCACCGGCAUUUGUCGCUGAGAGAGAGGCUCUUUCGCUCGUCACACUCAGAUGAGAAGGCGUGAUAUGUGCGUGGGUGUGUGCGGAUUUAGAGAGCGGUGCACGUGUGUGUGUGUCGAUGACAUUGAG